GCGUCUCUUUGUUUUGAUUUGAGGAUCCAAACUGUGCUCCUCCUUUAACAUGAGCAGGUGUCCUCGAUGCAACUGCGAAGCAACUGGACAGAAUCGUUUAGUGACAGACACUUGUGGUCACAGUAAAUGCCGCUCGUGUCUGCUGGCAGAUGUUACCGACUGUUCGGAGUGCAAAGUGGCAAGUGGAAUAUCAACAGUUGAUGUUUUACUGCAGCCUGAAUCCGAGAAGCAGCUGACUGACACCAUUAGUGGUAAUCAUAUAACUGCCACGACCCAGGGCUAUUACUGCAACGUGUGCAACAAGUCGUUCCGCAGUCGCACCCAGCAGUAUUACCAUCGCUCCUGUGGCAAUGAGACGCUCAAGAAAUUCGGUUGCACGCAAUGCAAUCGCCGCUUUGCUUCUCGCUCCCAUCUGAAGUAUCAUGUGAACAGCCAUGGAAAUAAUCCGAGUUUCAGUUGCAAUGUUUGUGACAAAGUCUUCCUGCAAAAGCUCGUGUUGCAGCGUCACAUGCACAUCCAUAAGCCCGAUGCAUUUGCCUGCCAACAGUGUCCAAGAUUAUUCCGCACCCAAAAGACGCUAGCCACACACAAAGUGAUCCACAGUGGUGAUAGUGAUAACUUGCCCUACAAAUGCGAUACCUGCUCAAACCGCUAUCUAACCAAGGCCAAUUUGAAGCAGCACAGACUGAAGCACGAUCAGAACAGCACCAGAUACAGCUGUCCUGUGUGUAAGAAAUCCUUUCUACGCCAGUCCACACUCAGGUUGCACCAAAAGCGUCACACCAAACGUGCCCGUCACUCCUGCCCCCAAUGCUACAAGACUUUCAAUGAUGUGGACGCACUUACUCGGCACAUUAAGCAGCAUUCCGCGACGGAACGUUACCGCUGCACUCAGUGCGAUGUCAGCGUCAAUCGGAGGGACAACAUGCUGAGGCAUCUGCGAUCCAUGCAUCCAGGAGUUCAGUUCGAAUCUGGUGUGCAGAUCAUAGGUGCAAAGUCAAUCAUUCAGGUUAAUGCAGCUCCAACGGAGCCAGUGCAAACUGUACGCUACAACAGCGUCAUCCAGAGUGUGGGCAAUGUGGAGCCCGUGAAAGUGGCCAUAUCACAGCCCGAGGUUGAGCUGGAAAAGGAAACAGUUGUGGCACCGUCGCUGCCCGAUAAAAUGCAAAACGAGAACGUUAAACUCUAUCGGAAAAUCAUAUUAGAUUUGGACAAUGAGGAGUAUUCCAAUGAGCUGACCAACGGCAUGGACAUGGACCUUGCAGUUGCCACGACAGAUGUGCAGCAAGUGACGAUGCCACAAUGCCACACAGAGCCGCAACUUCAACGUGUUCCCGUCCAUGGCAGCUCCAAUUUUAGCGAACGCCAUUGGCGCAAGAAUUUCAUUCUUGCCAAUUCUUACGACAACGAGCACAUUAAUUAAUUUGGCCCAAAUGGGACCUUUAUGAACU